CUUUUCUUCUUCCCACCAUCAUCCAACUCAUGGUACUGCCAUUUUUCCCAUUCCGCACUGCACCUGCAUAUAUAUGAACUUUUCGACGCCCCUUCAUAUCACCUGGAGUUCCAGAUUGCAGUUAGGCGCCAGUACUCGCAUCAUACCCUGGGUGUGUAGGAAAUUUUUGCGUUGGGGAAUUGGAUCGAGCCAUUUUCUUCCGCUACGGUGACGGGAACUUUUAUAGGGCGCUCAUCAUACGAAGGUCCAGCGAGUCCGACGGCUCCUAUGGCGCCAGUUAAUGCUGUGUACGCGGAUAGUUAUCGGUCGGAGGUUGCGGGCACAUCCGAUAUUGCGACGGCGCUUCCCCACAAGGGCCUGCGAGCACAUCUGCAGAGUCUCCUGCCUCGCCACGCUGUGUUUCACGCUCAAAUCGAGAUACACCAAAUAUCGAGCGUACCCCUCGUUCAUGGAGAGUUUGCGGUGCGAUGGAAGCUGAAGAAUCUGACGGUGCCUCCUGGGUCGAAGCAAAGCUUGCUGGGGAUCGUAAAACCUCGGAGGAAUGGAGCAGGGUGCCCCAGUUCGAGCAUAGUUGACAUCAAGGGUAAGGGCAAGGAGAGGGAGCAGGCAGAGGAAGAGGCGGACUUCGAAGACGAUAACGAAUCGAGUAGCGCCUAUGCGUCUUCCAUCUCUCCCGACGGCUCGUCUAGUCUCAGUUCCUCCAGUGAUGACCGAUCUGUUAUGCCCUCACUCAUCAUUUCUUCGAGCGCCAGUUCAACACAUUCCCACUCGUCAUCAUCUACACCUUUAUAUUCUCGGCCAGCAGCUCGUGGACAGACACCAUUUCUGCCGCUCGUGGAACAUUCAGUGACGUGGUCCCAAUCACUAUCUGUAUAUAUCAAGAUACCACUGUCUCGUGACCGUGAAAAUCCCGAUACUCUCAUGUCUAACCCUGCUAAAUUUGUUGUGACCCAACGUGUUAUCGCUGGGGAUCCCGACGCGCCACAAAACCCACGCCUGGGGGCCAUCUACCUGGACUUGUCCAAAUAUGCGGACCCGAGCCUUGGGGAGGUGACGCGUAGAUAUCUACUCAGAGAGAGCAAGACGAAUGCCACGUUGAAGCUGAGUAUCCAGCUCACCCAUGUUGGAGGCGAACAGGCAUUUAUCGCUCCCACAUUACCGAAGGGCGAGAUCCUGAACGGGGUAGCGGCCUUAUUGGAAACUGACGUGUACAGGAUCCGACCGCGUGGGUUCAAUAUAUAUGGUCAAUAUGGCGCCUCAAAAGCGCAUAUCCGCGACCACCACGAGGACGAUCCAUAUGAUUCCGAUUCCUCCACCACUUCCUCUCGGUCACGCCCACAUUCGCACGCUUUCUCUAAUCAUCAUCACCGUCAGUAUGAGCAGCAGCAAGGUCGGCAGACGCGGCCGUAUGAUUUAUCAGACCUUCCUCUUGCGUAUGCAUAUGGUCCCAAAACCACCGAGGCGCUCAUCGAAUCCCUCUUCAAUCCACUUGAAGUCUCGGAGAAGACGAGAGUGGAGGGGAGGGAGAGCCCUUUCGUGAGCUACGUCUCUGGCCUGGAUGACGAGGGUAUGCUGGGCAGGAGGGUCGGCCUGCCACAGGCCGCACGGUGACAUUUGUUUGAAAGUAAAUUAUUGUAUGCUAUAUUUACUUUGUCCUGACUUGCUUUCCGUUUUGGUUUCCUGGAUAACUUUUACCUUUCUCUCUAGUUUACGAUAUAUCAUGAUCUUACUCUAUCCAGGAUGGCUUUUUCCGCAUUUUUCGCAUCACUUACACACACGUACACAUUAUCUACAGAAUACGCUCCAUGCGGCCGUAAUUUAAUACUAAUUCAUUUCCGCAUACUCUGAACAACGAGUAGAGUGUAUUAGAGAAGAUAUAUCAGUACAGACAUGACAG